AUGGAAUCUGAUCUAAUUGACUUGGAGUCGGAUAUUGAAAAGAAAAAGGGAACUCAAUCUGGACUUCAAAUAGCUCGAAGAGGUUUUAAAUUGUAUUCUGAAAUAGAAUUUGAUUCGGUGGAGAGGGAGCAUAAGAGAACAAGAUUUGAGCAAUAUGAUGAACAGUCCUCGUCAGCAUCUACAGCAUCAAUUUCAAUAAACGUUCAGAAUAAUUUAGAAGACGACUCAUCACCAAUACAUUCUUCGUCAUUACUCAAUAUUAUACAGAAUUAUUGUAAAAAAGAUUCAACAUCCAAAUAUGAUCAUAUUCUCGAUCUUACACCCGCGUCGAAAAUUUCAAAGGAAUUUACACCAGAUGAUUGGAAUAAACUCAUUUCUGAUCGCCCUGCUGUAGUUGGAGUUGAAUAUUAUAAAGAGUUGGAACCAAUCCUUGAUUACUUGUUUAGACGAAUAAAUGAAAAGAAAAUAAAAUACGUUCAUCAAGCUCGCGAUCUAUGGGAAAAUUUAAGAAACAUUGAGGCUCCUAAUCAUAAAGAAUAUUUUUCAUAUAAUAAAGACGAUUGGAAUAAAAUAUUGUGGUGGGUGGAGCAUGCCGUAUGUCGAUUUCUUAAUGCUUUUGAAUCGGAAAAUAAUCCAUUAAUGCAAACAAAUUGUCACGAGAGAGAGUGGUUUGGGGGUUAUUUGAUUCCUAUUUUCGAAGGUGCAUUAAGACUUGAUGGGCGUUGUCGGGUGCCAUGGGGCGAGGUUACAGUCCAAUCCACUAUCCGAAGACGUAAUAGCGAAAAGAAAAUUUUGGAAGAAAAAGUAGAACGGGGACACCUAGCAGAUAUGUCAUGCAUAUUUGAUAAUUAUGAAUUGGUUUGUUGCUUGGCAUGUGGUGGUCCCCACAAAUAUGAUCUCACUAAACUGGCUUCGGAUGAAUUUAAUCUCCCGAGGAUGAUGAAAGACAUGUUGGAUGAUAUUCGACAGAAAUUUAGAACGAUUAAAAAAGAUCCAUCAUGUCUCUAUAUUGUAGGACUUCAUGUAAGUAGAUAUCAAUACAUGUCAGAAGUUCGAGUUUAUUUGAUUGAAUUACGCGAAGUUUAUCGAUUUCAUUUAAUUAAAACAAUUCAUCACCCUUUAACGUUUGCUUUUUAUCAUAAUCUGCGUGUUAGUUUAAGUUGGGCUUGGAAUAUUCGAGUUCGUAUAGAACUUAUUGUUGAUAUGGAAAUUGGCUCAUCAACUCCUCCUCCACCGGAUUCAAAUGAAAUGACUACACCAGAGACUCCAACCAAAACCAUAAAGAGACCGAGACCAACCAAGUAA